ACUAGACAGUGAGACUUGUGGGGGCUUUGUUCCCUUCUUGCGACAGAAGCGAAGUUCAGGGACAGAUCGCAGCGAUGGCCGACGGAGAGGACGCCGCCGCCGCCCGCCGUCGUACUGCCAUUUCUGACUACCGGAAAAAACUGCUCAACUGCAGGGAGCUCGAAUCGCGCGUCGGAACUGUGAGGGAAAACCUUAAAAAUGCUAAGAAGGAUUAUGCAAAGACUGAAGAUGACUUGAAGUCACUGCAAAGUGUUGGACAGAUUAUAGGAGAGGUUCUUCGUCCUCUUGACACUGAACGCUUUAUUGUUAAGGCUAGCAGUGGUCCAAGAUAUGUCGUUGGUUGCCGGAGUAAAGUGGACAAGGAGAAAUUAACUUCUGGAACUCGUGUUGUGCUGGACAUGACAACAUUAACAAUCAUGCGCACUCUACCAAGAGAGGUGGACCCUGUAGUGUAUAACAUGCUACAUGAAGAUCCAGGCAAUGUCAGUUACUCUGCUGUAGGUGGCUUAUCUGAUCAAAUCAGAGAGCUCAGGGAAUCAAUUGAGCUGCCUUUAAUGAACCCGGAAUUGUUUCUUAGGGUUGGAAUUAAGCCUCCAAAGGGUGUUCUACUUUACGGCCCACCAGGAACCGGGAAGACAUUAUUAGCGAGGGCUAUUGCAAGUAACAUCGAUGCUAACUUUUUGAAGAUUGUGUCGAGUGCUAUAAUCGAUAAAUAUAUUGGAGAAAGUGCUCGUUUAAUCAGAGAAAUGUUUGGCUAUGCACGCGAUCACCAACCAUGCAUUAUCUUCAUGGAUGAAAUCGAUGCAAUCGGUGGGCGAAGAUUUAGUGAGGGAACCAGUGCCGAUCGGGAGAUCCAGCGGACGCUGAUGGAGCUUCUUAACCAAUUAGAUGGAUUUGAUGAGCUUGGCAAGGUCAAGAUGAUCAUGGCGACAAACAGACCUGAUGUUCUUGACCCUGCGCUCCUGCGUCCUGGACGUCUCGACAGGAAGAUUGAGAUUCCACUACCAAACGAACAGUCAAGAACGGAAGUUCUUAAAAUUCAUGCAGCUGGCAUCGCUAAGCAUGGGGAAAUAGAUUAUGAAGCGGUUGUUAAACUUGCUGAAGGCUUCAAUGGGGCUGAUCUUCGGAAUGUUUGCACCGAAGCUGGCAUGUCUGCAAUUCGUGCAGAGCGGGAUUACGUAGUUCAUGAGGACUUCAUGAAGGCUGUCAGGAAGCUGAACGAUGCCAAGAAGUUGGAAUCCAGUGCCCACUACAGCGCAGACUUUGGCAAAGAGUAAGGCGCAGUAGCCAUAAUGCAGUGGCCGAUCUUGCUACAAUGGACAUGCCCUUUCUCUUUAAGCAUGCGGGAGUUCAGCCUCUAUGCUAUAGACGCUCCGGAGCACGUGGUUAUUGACCUUGUGGCUCUAGGCUGGAAGCUGAAGCUGUCACGCCGUCAUGUUGUCAAGAGGAACCAUUCGAGAAUUUUACAUCAGAUGCUCUUUGCUUGUACGAUCACUCUUUUUCCUUCGCAGAGCUUACAUGUGGAAUUAGUCUUGUUAGCUUUGGUUUGGGCUGUUCCAUUCCAUGUACUUCUGAAAAUGUGCUUGGUAAAGAUGUCAGUAUUUUUUGUUCA